UUACAGGAAAUAAUGUCCAUACAACCUAAAGAAUCUUCCUCGGGUACUGGGGAGACUAGAGAAGAUCGAGUUGCGCAACAGGUGAGAGAGAUGUUAGUUAAGACACCUGCACCAUUUGAUUUGUUCGACGUGAAACAACAUCUAAUUGCAAUGGGAGCUUCCAGUGCCAUGAAUAUUUUCCUUCGACAAGAAAUUAAUAGGAUGCAAAAAAUUAUAAAGCUUGUACGAACAACAUUUAAGGACAUUUUGUUAGCUGUUGAAGGAACCAUAAUAAUGAGUGAGACCUUGCGAGAUGCUGUAGACAAUAUUUUCAUGGCUCGAAUACCAACUGUCUUCAAACGUGGCAGUUGGGUAUCAUCUAGUCUGGGUUUCUGGUUUACUGAACUUAUUGAGCGCCACACUCAAUUUUAUAACUGGUGUUUUAAAUCCCGCCCAGUUGUAUUUUGGAUGUCAGGCUUCUUUAAUCCUCAGGGUUUUUUAACAGCAAUGCGCCAAGAAGUUGGUAGGGCACAUCAUGGCUGGCCUUUAGAUCAAGUCAGUAUGCAUAACGAAGUUCUUAAAAUUGGUCUCGAAGAGUUCAAAAUGCCGCCUAAGGAGGGUCUUUUUAUAUACGGAUU